UCGGGUUGACCAACGUUUGUCACGCCCUCUGAAACUUGACUCGUGUAAAUGCAAUACAUAUAAAUAUAGUUAUGUCAAUGGAAUUUGAUUUUUGAUAAAAUACGAAAUAUACGAUGCAGGAGACAUAUUCGAUGAUCUCGUAUAAACUUGCCGGGGGGCCGCAAGGAUUAGGUGAUCCUGAUGAUAAGAGCUUGAGGAAGGUGGAAAAAAAUGUAUUGAUACCAAAGAUAAUGCGAGAAAGAACCAAGACAGAAAAAUGUAUCAGUGAAGUUAAAGAUUUUCAUGAUUGCUGUCUCGAUUCAGGAGUAUUACAUGUUGUCAAGUGUAGAAAAGAAAAUGAAAUAAUGAAAUCGUGCAUGGAAAGAUGGUUUUACAAUCAAGAUUUUAUUAAAGAAUGUACGGAACAAUAUUUAAAUGAAAGAAGUGAAUUCAGGAGGACUGGAAUUCCUAAAAAGCAAAGAAGUAGAUUAGAAGGAGCAGCACACUAAAUAUAAAGAUACUGGACAGUUGAUAUCAAUAUUAUGUUGUUCAAUAAUUUCUCUAGUAUGAUAUUUGUAAUUAAUGUAUGGAUGAUUUUCUUUAAAUCUUUCUCCUAGAGAAGCCAAGUGGGCAAUUGAAAUUUAAAAUUAUAUUGAUUUUGAUCCUUAAUAGACCUGCUUGUAAUGCAUUCAUUGUAUAUUCAAUCCAUUGUGAAUUCUUGUCCAGUAAACUCUUGCAAAUUAAUUGAAUGCCUAUAAAGUGAAAUUUUGAACUGCUGUCUUCUCAUAUAUUACAUGUCCAUAUAAAGACAGUACGCAACAUUUUCAUUCUGUCACUUUAUUAAGAGAAAGUACAGAUUGCAAGGAAAUGUUUACACAAGAAUACUAUUUCAUCUCGACAAAUAUAUUCAUAAUAGAUUGACUGUAAAAUAGAACAAGUUUUAUUAUGCAUUGUUAUUGCAAAUAAAAAAAAUCUGUAAA